GUCCAGAGAAAUGUUCCCUUCAUGUUCCGAUAAAACAACCUACUGUGUGCAUAACGAGUGAAUGUGAAGCAGGAGCUGUGUUUGGUUUGACAGAGGCUGCAUCUGCUAGAAAGACAAAUCAAUCCUGUAGAAGCAGCAGCUGGUUAAAAAAAAAAAGUGAUCUGAUGGUUUUUGCAGAUGUGAUAAAAAUAUUUUUCUGCCAUAGUGACGCAUUUGGAAAUCCUGCCAGCCAAGUUCCAAAUAAGGUUAAAGUUUAAAUUUGUUUUGUCGAUGGGCGUGUGACAGCGCAGGAGAAGAUGACGCUUCACUUUUUCUUUUUCUUAUUUUCACUUUGAGCCGACACACACUUCACAUCUGAAAACAUAGACGCGUCGAACACAAUGAGAAUUGCCGUCUUGGGAAAAACGGGCGCUGGGAAAAGCAGCCUGGCUAACACCAUAUUUGGAGAAGAUGCGUUCAGGGUCUACCACAAUCUCAAAUCUGGAACAAGAGAAUGUCAGUCAGAAACCAGAUCUGUCAGUGGAAGAAGCAUCACUCUGAUCGACACUCCUGGUCUCUUCGACACAGACAGAUCUGAGGAGGAGAUGAAGCGUGAGAUAGUGAGGUGUAUCACAGAGUGUGCUCCUGGGCCUCAUGCUUUUCUUAUCGUGCUCAAAGUGGAGAAAUUCACAGAGCAGGAGCAGGAAGUCAUCAACAAAAUACAAGAGUACUUCUCUGAGGAAGCUUUCAAAUAUGCCACAGUUCUGUUCACUCAUGGUGACCAGCUCCCUGACGGAGAGACGAUUGACAAGUUGGUGUCUGAGAAUAAGCCUCUGGAUGACCUGGUGAAGAAGUGUGGAGGACGGUGCCACGUCAUCGACAAUAAAUACUGGAAAGACAAACCAAAGAAUGAAUACAGGAGCAACAAGUUCCAGGUGGAGGAGCUGCUGAAGACGAUAGACAAGAUGGUGACGGAAAACAAUGGAGGCUGCUACACCAAUGAGAUGCUGCAAAAAGUGGAGGAAAUGAUAAAACAAGAGGAGGAAAAAAUUAGACUGUCACCAGGAAACAUGACAGAGGGGGAGAUCAGAGAGGAGGCUAAGAGCCGAGUUUGUGACGGGCUCUUGAGCGCACUGGCAGAUGUUGAACCAGGUGCAUUGCUAGCAGCUUUCUUCGGUGUAGUAGUGAUGGGUGGAUUAGUUGUCCUAAGUUUGAAAAGAUGAAACCAUUAGCAACAUUGGUCAAUGCAGCAGCAACAGCUGCAAAAGCAUUUGGAGCAUUAGACAGUAGGGCUGCAGCUAUCAGAUAUUUUUAGAAUGGAGUCUUCUACCAGUCAUCCCAUCGAUUAAUCAAGUAAUCUACUUAACAACAAUACCAAAUAAUUGUUUUUUGUUUUAUUGUUUUUUAUUCCUGAAAAAAAUAAAAAUAAAAUAAAAUACAGGUGUCUAUUCCAAAAUCUAAGCCCAUUUAUUGCAGCCUAGCCAUUUAGUGCAUUUAAGUGUCAACUGACAUUGCAGAAACAAAUAACAACACAGUAAUGUCAACUUAUUGUGGAACAUGUAUAACAUGUAAAACUAUGAAAUACAACUAAAGGCUAUUUGGCCUGAGUUCUGUCUUCUUAAGAUAAAAGAGAAAAAUGAUCGUAUAUCCUGCAACAACCCAUCUGAGAAUGAAAAAUGAACUAAAAUGUAAGAACCAAAAAAAAGUAUAAUAUAUGAAAUCAAUUAAAAAAAGGAUUUAAAACACAGCAAUGUCAGCCCUGUGAAAAGUAUAAUCAUGCAUAUGUACUCAGUAUUUGGUUUGGGCCCCUUUUGCAUGAUUUACUGCCUCAGUGCAGCACGGCAUGAUGCCAUCAGCCUGUGGCACUGCUGAGGUGUUACGGAACACCAGGAUGCUUCAUAGCGGCCUUCAGCUCUUCUGCAUUGUUCAGUCUCACGUCUGUCGUCUGUCUCUUGGCAGUGACCUGUAGCACAGGGGUUCAGGUCAGGCGAGUCUGCUGGCCAAUCAAGCACAGUAACACCACGGCCAUUGAACCAGGUUUUGGAACGUUUGGCAGUGUGGGCAGGUGCCUGAUGGAAAAUGAAGUCAGCAUCUCCAUAAAGCUUGACGGAAGCAUGAAGUGCUCUAAAAUGUCCUGGUAGAUGAUUGUGUUGACUCUGGACUUAAUAAAGCACAGUGGCUUUAAAGCACUGCUGGUGUUAGCAGAUGACAUGGCUCCCCAAAUCAACACAGACUGUGGAAACUUCACACUGGAUUUCAAGCAUCUUGGAUUGUGUGCCUCUCCGCUCUUCCUCCAGACUCUGGGACUUUGGUUUCCAAAUGAGAUGCAAAUUUUGCAUUUACCUUUCGAGGCUUUCUGUCUUUGUCGAGGUUGUCAAUGAUGGUUUUCUGCACAACUGUCAGGGCAGCAGUCAAUCUCACUUUGCAUGUAAUGAGUCUAUAUAAUGUAUCAGUUUCACCUUUUAAGCUGAAUUGCUGAAAUAAAUGAUAUUCCAAUUUU